GAGUGUGGGAAAUGUUUUGCACACACAUCAGAUCUUGUUAGACAUAACAGAAGUCACACAGGUGAGAAGCAAUUUUCUUGCUCUGAGUGUGGGAAAUAUUUUACGCGGAAAUCACAACUUGUUACACAUCAGCGAAGUCACACAGGUGAGAAGCCAUUUCCAUGUUCUGAGUGUGGGAAAUGUUAUACCUACAAAUGGCAUCUUGUUAGACAUCAGAGAAGUCACACAGGUGAGAGGCCAUUUCCAUGUUCUGAGUGUGGGAAAUGUUUUGCAUGGAAAUCACAACUUGUUACCCAUCAACAAAUUCACACAGGUGAGAAUCUGUUUUCUUGCUCUGAGUGUACAAAAUGUUUUACUCGGAAAUCAGAUCUUAUUACACAUCAGCGAAGUCACACUGGUGAGAAGCCAUUUCCAUGUUCUGAGUGUAGGAAAUGUUUUACACGGAAAUCAGAUCUUGUUAAACAUCAGAGAAGUCACACAGGUGAGAAGCCAUUUUCUUGCUCUGAGUGUGGGAAAUGUUUUAGACAGAAAUCAUAUCUUGUUAAACAUCAGCAAAGUCACACAGGUGAGAAGCCAUUUCCAUGUUCUGAAUGUGGGAAAUGUUUUGCACAGAAAUCACAUCUUGUUAAACAUCAGAGAAGUCACACAGGUGAGAAACCAUUUCCAUGUUCUGAGUGUGGGAAAUGUUUUGGAGAGAAAUCAGAUCUUAUUAUACAUCAGAGAAUUCACACUGGUGAGAAGCCAUUUCCAUGUUCUGAGUGUGGGAAAUGUUUUGUACAGAAAUCAGAUCUUAUUACACAUCAGAGAAGUCACACAGGUGAGAAGCCAUUUCCAUGUUUGGAGUGUGGUAAAUGUUUUGCACACAAAUCAGAUCUUGUUAGACAUCAGCGAAGUCACAAAGUGGAGGCUAUCAAGCUGAUUUCCCAAAUAGAUGAUGAGAUUGAGCCCACUACUGUGUCUAAGAAACCUGAUAAGUUCAAACAUCAGAAGGUUGCUAAAGUAGUCUUACCACAUUCUAACCAUUUAAUUGAAAUACGUCAGGAACCCUGGUCAUCUCCAGGUAAGAAAUGUUCCCUGUCCAAGAAGAUGCUAGCUCGUUAUCCUAUCCCUGCAGAGUUGAGUAACAAGUGGGAAACUCCACCGCUGGUGGACUCUCAUGUUGCCUGUCUUGUGGUAUCAUCUACUCUGCCGGUCACCACCAUCACCGCACUAAAGGAACAGACGGAUAAGCGGAAAGUGAAGGGUCAGACGUACAUGAGGCAGGCUUGUGCUUCCAAGAGCACUAAGCCCAAACCUAAACAAUCCUGGGCCACCUGUCAGCCUGCUUACAAGCAAGAUAAGCCUGCUGCAUGA